AUGCCCCAAGCGACGAAUGGGUCAGUAACCUCUACACAUUGGAAACCAGAUGUCCGACCCAUUCAGAAUGCUCCAGCAGGCUUAGCGAGAGUUGCAAGUGCGAUUGAGAGUGAGCCGAAUUUCCGGAUCUUCAGGAGAUUUGGAUUUCUAAGGAUCCGCCUUCUGAUGUAUCAUCAAGAUGUUAUACGGCAGCUCGAAGCCGAAUUAGACGACAUGGACAGAAGUGACGCUUGUGAUGCAAACACUGUCCAUUUAAUGAAUGAUCGAGUUUUGGACGAUGCCCGUGCAGAUUCGCCUCGAAAGAAGUUGUUUGGAUGUCCCGAUAGAUCCGUGCUGACACCUAUAAUGGAUGCCCUUUUGAGUGCCACCAGCGACGUCUACAAGCUGCCAGAAGCUCAGCCAGUACAUCUCCAGACGGUGUUCAACUUUUUCCAGGAUGACGGUAUGGUCUUGGGAAAAGACAAGAAUUACAUAUUGCAAUGGGAUGAUCUGAUCUGCCUCGAUGACAAUUCCGAGUUUAGCUGGGUCAAUAUUGUAAUCGAGGCGCUGCUUCACGCCUGUGGGAAGAAGGUCAGGAGUUGCUUUCGAACUAAAAAGCAAACAGACAAACUGGAAGGCUGCGCCUUGGGAAUCGAUCUUUUUGAAAAGAGAAGAUAUGAACCAGUGGUGAAUUUCCUCUUCACGGCUAUCCUGGUAUUCCUGAUGACAGGUCCACUCCUUGUUCUAUAUGCCGUCCGAGGUUUGAAUGGCUAUGUGCAGAUCGUGAUGGCCAUGGCCUGUACGAUGUUCGUUGCAUUGCUCUGUGCGACGGCGACUAGGGCCAAAAAACAUGAGAUCUUUGGCAUCACCGCAGCAUAUUGUGCAGUUCUAGUUGUGUUUGUGAGCCAGAACAAUGCAACCAAUGGCGGAGACGAAUAA